UUCCUGUGACGUCACCAGCCAGCGCCGUAUGCUUGCAACUUUUGCUGUGUAAUCUGACCAAGCGGGGCGAGAACCGUCUUUAUCUUUUUCAAUUUCAUACGAAAUACGAAACCAGAUAUCGUAAUAAAGAAUGGAAUAUUUAAUCGGAAUACAGGGGCCGGAUUUUGUCCUCGUCGCUGCGGAUAAUGUCUCAGCCAGCAGCGUCAUUAAGAUGAAACAGGAUGACGACAAAAUGUUCAAAUUGAGCGAGAAGAUCUUGCUCCUGUGCGUGGGAGAACCAGGAGACACGGUGCAAUUCGCUGAGUAUAUCCAGAAGAAUGUUCAACUUUAUAAAAUGCGAAACGGGUACGAGCUCAGCCCGGCAGCCGCAGCAAACUUCACGCGAAAGAACCUCGCAGAAUACCUUCGAAGCAGGACGCCGUAUCACGUCAACCUGCUGCUGGCAGGCUACGACGACGCCGACGGGCCCGGCCUCUACUACAUGGACUACCUGUCGUCGCUAGCCAAAGCCCCCUUUGCCGCCCACGGCUAUGGCGCCCUCCUCACGCUGUCCAUUCUUGACCGCUACUACAGACCGGAUUUAACCCGGGAAGAAGCUGUCGACAUUUUGAAGAAGUGCAUUGAAGAGCUCAACAAGCGCUUCAUCCUCAACCUCCCCUCCUUCACCGUCCGCCUGAUUGACAAAGAGGGCAUCCAUGACCUGGAGAAGAUCUCUCCCACCAAGUGACCCUUCCCUUUUUCCCUUUUUUUUUCUACCGCUGACCUCCUUGUUCUAUCCAAUAAAAAGUGACGCGUCGUUGAGAGAUUGA